CCGACAAACACGUAGCAACAGCGACAAUGAAACUCCUAUCGUUCAUCGCACCAGCUUGCCUUCUAGGCACAGCUGCUUCAAUCGACAUGUCCAAGUAUUCUGCAGGGCCUGGGGUCGAAUCAGAGUUUAAAUCCUUUGUACAAGCGCUCUACGCAUCUACUGAGGAUCCAGCUGUGAGGGAGACCUUCGCUGAUUACUUCACAACGAACGGAACACUCAUCGUUCGUGGGAUCGUCGCCACUGGCGCAGAUGAGAUUAUAGCGUUGAAGGAGAAGCUACUUCCUCCAGCGGGCAACAAGCAUUGGAACCAUAAACCCAAUGUGACUACCGUUGACUCGGAGACGGCUACGCAGAAAACCUAUCAGGUGCUCGGUGUUAUUCAGUCUACCUAUGAUGGUGGAAACUGUUCUCAGGCAUACUACUCGACUCGAUUCACUGUCACCAAGGAUGUCAGCGGUAUCCCGCAGAUCGCUCCCCACUCUGGAAGCCUGGUGUCUUACGACGAUUUCAUCAUCGAACCUUCACAGACGCCAACCGACAUACCUUGUGAGAAGUAACGUGCCUUCGGAAGAACACAGAUUGGUGGAGAGCUUUGUAGAGUUUGGGCUAUUUGUAAAAAGAAUGACUGCCUUGCUGGCGGAAUGGCAGUCGGCCGUAGAGCAGCUCUCUAGAAGAUAUGAUAAUAAUGAUACCAACGGCCACGGAUGGCACGAACACUCCUGCAAGUUCCUUGAGGCCAUCAUUUCGUUAUCAG